AGAGAAGCGAAAAGAAAAGCAAGGUCAUCUACUUCUCCUUCCCCCUUCUCUCUCUUUCUCUCUCUACCUCACCUCGUUAGGGAAAGCGGCAGAUCCUCCAAACCCUAGAGAGAAGUAGAGAGGAAACCCCCGAUCUCUCCAAUCCUAUGCUGCUUUUAGAUCUCAACCUCCUUGGGCCGCCGGAACUUCUCAGCAUCAGUUAGGCUCCGCGCGCCCAAUUCUCGAAACAGUUUGGUUUCUUGGUUAUUAUGCUACGCUUUUCUUCUGAGUUGGGAUCUUUACGGUGAUUGGGAUUGUUAAAGGAAACAGGGGGAUCCUCAGGAGAAAAUGGCAAAUCGGAUGAAGGAGGAUGAAAAGAACGAGAAAAUAAUACGAGGGCUUCUGAAGCUUCCUGCGAAUAAGCGAUGCAUCAAUUGCAACAGUCUGGGACCACAAUAUGUAUGCACAAAUUUCUGGACUUUCAUCUGCACAAAUUGUAGUGGAUUACAUCGAGAGUUCACCCACCGUGUUAAAUCAAUAUCGAUGGCCAAAUUUACUCCGCAAGAAGUUCGUGCCCUUCAAGAAGGAGGGAAUGAGCGUGCUAAGGAAAUUUAUUUCAAAGAAUGGGAUCCACAGCGACACUAUGUUCCUGACAGCAGUAAUCCUGAUAAGCUCAGAGAUUUCAUUAAGCAUGUUUAUGUGGAUCGGAGAUACACCGGGGAAAGGAGCAUUGACAGGCCUCCAAAGGUGAAGGGUGAUAGGGAAGAUACUUAUGAGAACAGAAGGGAAGAUUCCUAUCGGGGUGGCUCAAGAAGCCCACCUUAUGAGGACACCUAUGAACGCCGUUAUGGUGAACGACCUGGUUCUGGAAGUCCUGGAUACGAUCAAGGUGAUUACAAGAGAAGUCCUGGCUCCCUCAAGGUGGUAGAUUUGAAGCAUCGUGAUGAUAAAACUGGGAAUGGAAGCCAAAACCGGAAGUUCGAAGAUCGCUGGUCUCCAGAUGGAAAUCCAAGGCCAGAGGGGAGGUCGCCAAGCCAUCAGAAAGAUGUUAAUGUACCCAGCCCCCCCAUGGUACGACCUGUCAGAGAUAUUCUAGGUGGUGAUAUUCCAUCGAUUCAGAUUAAUGAGCCACCUAAAUUAAAUGCAAUCCAGGCCGCUGUUAGUUCUGCACCAGCACAGACGACUGCACCUUCAAGCAGCAGGGGAUCCAGUGUUGGAAAUUCUGUGGAGUUGAAGAGGGUGAACUCUGGUAGUUUGAUUGAUUUUAGCACAGAUCCUGAACCUCCUCCUGCUGGAGCAUCGCAACAAUCUACGCAUCAGGAAACUGCCUCUCCACCUGUUAAUGGUGGAGGUUGGGCAUCUUUUGAUGUUGUUGCCCCUCAAAAGGCACCUCAGGCAGCUUCAAGUGCAAGUCCUCUUGAAUCUGUGCUGGCUGAAUUGUCAGCUCCUGUACCUGCCCCUGUAGCCAACUUCUCAACUUCGCCUGUUGCAGGAGUUGAUUCCUUUCUAAAAACCAAUAGUGGAGGGCAGUGGCCAACUGCAAACCAGCAACAACUUUCUGUAUUCUCAGCUGCUGAUGUUAAGUCUAUUAAUCCAUCGUAUAAUGCACCUCCCAUGGGAGCUCCAAACAAUCAGCAGUUUUGGGGUUCAUCACUUCCAUCAAACUUGCAAGGUCCAAUGGCUGCUCCAACUGGGCAAUCUUCCCAAGCUGUAACGAUACCACCUCAUGAAACCAGUUCUGGAAUUUCAUUACAACCUCCUUCCUUAGAGACUAAGCCUAGUGGGAGAAAAGAACUUCCAGAGGAUCUUUUUACCGCACGUUACCCGCCAGCACCUGCACCAGUUCCAGGUUGGCAGACAGGUCCACAUCUUGGCAUGGUGUAUGUCAUGCAGUAUCCAAAUGCAGCACCAUUGCCAGUGUAUCCUCAUUCAUCACAAUCUACGAAUCCAUUUGAUCUCAUGAAUGAGCCAAAACUACCUCAUGCUUCCACAUUCCCUUCUUUGACCUCCUUGCAAGGAGCAUUACCAAACAUGACCAUGAAUAACACCUCGGCCUUGUUGCGCACGUCCAGCUUGGGGUCCCCCUCCCCACAAUGGGUGCCCCCACAACGACCAUCUUAUCCAUCAGCUGUGCCACCAAGUUCCUACAUGAUGCAGCAGACUGUGAACAACAUGCCCCAUCAAGUACCUAAUAAUGCAUUUCCUGUGGUGGGUCAUGUCUAUUGAGCAGAAGGCAGUUUGUGCGAGGCAGGAUGGCGGUGGAGGAAUUGGUUCGCCAAGCAAUUUGCCAGGCAAUCAUGUAUCUGAAAAAACAAUCUAGGAAUUCAGUGCUCGGGCUUCAGGUCGGGCUUUAAAGGCUAGCUUGGCAAGUGCUGCAGCCGGACAAUGUCGAGUUCGACACUGAUGUUUCAACCGCACAACGUCUGUGAUUCCCCUUGAAGAGCUCCUGGGGAGAUGAAGGCGGAAUGUUCAGUUGUUAGCUGGGGCUGUGCGGGAGGCGCGUUACUGUUUUGGAGGAUGGGUAGCUUAAGGUUGGUUAAGUUUGGGGAUGGGUAGCUGGAGGAUGAUUAAUUCGGGACGGCUCUGCUUGGUCUUAGGCUUGUCCCUCGACUCCAGCAUUCUGGCUCAGAAUGCAAAAGAUGUUGAUAAGGGAAGACCCAUCCAAUCUCUUGCAGGUUUAAGCUGGACGGAUCCCGCCAACCGAUUUGCAUUCUCUUGCUACGCCUAGAAAUUCCAGACAAUCACCAAAAACUCCUCGAUAUUGGGAAGCUUAGUCAUUCUCGAGGGUCAGCUCAAUGGUUUUGAAGUUCCAGUAAAUUUUAGAUAGUCAUUUGAUGUCUAUAUAUAGCAAUUCACAGAUUGUUCGAAACAGAUUCAACUUUAUGGGCAGAUAAAAAGAGAAAUCCGGUCUGAUUUUGUGUAAUUUAUU